AUGUUAACACGUAAAACAUUAACGGAACAUCGUUUAAUGCAAUGGUGUGCUGUGAUCUUAGCUCUCAGCACGAUAAUUAUAAUUUGGCGUUAUAUAACAAUAUUAAUUCUUUCCAUUUGGUUAUCAAGUAUUUGUCGACCUAUUCUUGAAUGGCUUGUUAUUCAUUUACCUUUAAUGAAUCGAUGUCGAGAAAAACGUUCACGUUCAGCUAUAGCUGCAUUUCUUCUUGUCUUUCUUGUUCUUGUCGUAAUCUUACCAAUUAUUUUAAUAAUAAUCGCUUUAACAGGUUCAACAAUAAAUUUCGUUGCAAGUAUAUCAAAUUCUACAACAGUACGAAAUGCAAUUAAUUUAAUUGUUCCACCAACAAAUGAUAAUUCAACAGAAUCUGGAUUAAAUAAAACGAAUGAUUUUAAUUUUAUCGAUUUUAUUCGAGGUGGUAAAAAUGCUACACUUAAUCUACUUGAACGUUUAUUAAUGCAACGAGAUACUAUAAGUGAUGUUCUUCAAUUAUUUGGUGGAAAAGCAUUAUCAGUUAUAUCAACCGUUGCUGGUGUAACAGCUCAAUUUAUCAUUGGUCUUUUAAUAUUUUUGGUCUCAACUUAUACAUUUUUAUUACAUGGCAAUCAAAUUUGGACAUGGACAAUUCAUCAUACUCCAUUAUCAGCGAAACAUAUGGAUCGGUUUUAUAAUGCUUUUCAUGAAACAGGUCGAGGUUUGUUAAUUGGCGUAUGUUUAACAUGUGCUUUGCAAGGUAUUGUUGCUGCUAUUGCUUAUUUAUGUUUACAAAUCCCACGAUGGUAUGCACUUGGUGUAUUAACUGGUCUUUGUUCAUUAAUUCCAAUUCUUGGUACAGCUAUUGUUUGGGUUCCAAUAACAAUCGGACUGUUUAUUCAUCAAGCUUAUUUAAAAGCAGUUAUUAUGAUUACUGUUGGAAUUUUAGCUAUUGGAUCAAUUGAUAAUUUACUUCGACCAGUUUUUUCUAAAUUAGGUUCGUUACAAAUGUCAACAUUAUUAUUGUUAUUGACGAUUUUUGGUGGAUUGGAAUUAUUAGGACCAUGGGGAGCUCUUCUAGGUCCAUUAAUUGUUCGAUUAGCAACAGAAGCAAUUAUUUUGGUCAGAGAAGAUGAUGAUGAGCAAUUAAAUAUUUCGAGAAUAUAA